AUGAAUAUACGGAAUACAGUAAUGAAAGCUAUAGCUUGGCCUGCUGUUACUUGGAUGCUGGCAGCAUUAUAUUGCAGUUCUAUGAAGAAUCCCAACUCCCCUGCCUGCUCACUAAAUGUGGAAUCUGCGGAAGGCUACCUGCAGGAGGGGGACAUCAUGCUUGGGAUCCUCCUAGAUAUAUUUUCUUUGAUGGGCAAUGAGUGGAAAUCCUUUACAGAACAUCCUAAGAAAGAAUGUGUUGCCAUGUCUGCUUCCUCCCUCCAGUAUUAUCGUCACUUUCUUGCUGCCAUUUUUGCCAUUGAGGAAAUCAACCAGGACCAGAACAUUCUGCCUAAUGUGACCUUGGGAUUCCAUAUCCAUGAUUCCUGGGCCAAUGAGAGAAAAGCCAUUAGCAGUACAUUUAGUAUGCUGACAGGGAGCAGUGAUUAUGUGCCUAACUACAAGUGCACCCAGAACAGGAUUCCCAGUGUAUUCAUAGGGCACCUACUGUCUUCUGUAUCUAAUGUCAUGUAUCAGAUUAGUAGCAUCUAUGGAUUUCCCCAGGUUAGUUACGGAGCUGUGGAUCCUGCAUUCAGCGACAGAAUCCGCUUUCCGUUAUUCUAUCGAACAGUGCCAAGUGAAACUGCCCAGUACCAAGUAAUCAUCCAGCUCAUCAAGGCUUUUAAUUGGAACUGGGUAGGGAUGAUAUCCUCUGAUGAUGAGACGCACCAGAAAGCCAGUGAAGAGAUGAAGGAUGAGAUCAUUAAGAAUGGAAUCUGUGUAGCUUUCCUUGUUCAGAUUGGAAACAUUCCAGGACUAAGAGAUUUCCUUUACAAGGCUGAUCCUUCAAGGUUUCCUAAAGACCCAUUUACUGCUGCAGUUUGGUUACAGGUGUUUGGUUGUCACUCUGUACAAGCCUUUCCUAAGUUGCCAUUCAAGUCCUACCAUAUAUGUAAUGCCAAUGAUACAUUAAAGCAAUAUGAGAAACAUGGAUAUGAUACAAGUAACUUUAGAUUAACAUACAGUAUGUACAUUGCUGUAUAUGCUGUGGCCCAUGCUCUCCAUGCCAUGUAUACUGAUAAAGCCAGUGGUGGAACCAUCUUGCAUUUUGAUAAAACAAUAAAUCCACGGAAGCCAACACAGUUGAACAACUUCCUCAAGAAAAUCCAUUUUAAGACACGUUUUGAUGAUGAAUUUUUCUUUAAUGAGAAAGGAGAAGUUCUGGGGCAUUUUGAUAUAAUAAACUGGAACAUUUUCCAAAAUGAAACAGUGACUACAAGACAUGUUGGGACCUUCAAUUCCUCUCAGUCUCCAGGACUCGCCAUGGACAAAGAGGCCAUUCUUUGGCCAUCUCAUUUUAAUGGGAUCCCAGUCUCAAGGUGCAGUGCCAGCUGUCUCCCUGGUUACAGGAAAACAUUUGUGGAAGGAAAGCAAGUUUGCUGUUAUCAAUGUGUUCGAUGCUCAGAAAGUGAAAUAUCCACAUUGCCAGACAUGGAAAAUUGCAUAAAAUGCCAUGAAGACCAAUGGUCCAAUGAGAGUAGAGAUAAAUGCAUCAUGAGACUCGUUGAGUUCCUUUCUUACAAGGAGCCUCUUGGUGUGGCCCUAACCACCACUGCUCUAGUUCUGUCUUUUUGCACAACUGCAGUUUUUCGCCUCUUUUUAAAACACAAGAAGAGCCCCAUUGUGAAAGCCAAUAACCAGGAGCUCAGUUACAUUCUUCUUCUUUCCCUCAUGCUAUCCUUUCUUUGUUCCUUACUAUUUAUUGGAAGGCCUACAAAGGCCACCUGUUUGUUGAGACAAGCUGUGUUUGGGAUCAUCUUUGCUAUUUGUAUUUCUUCCAUUUUGGGGAAAACCAUUACUGUUAUUAUUGCCUUCACUGCCACUAGACCUGGAAGCCGGCUCAGGAACUAUGUUGGUACCCGGGUCCCUAAAUACAUUCUUCUACUAUGUACACUUCCUGAGGUUUUCAUCUGUGCACUUUGGCUCAUAAUCUCCCCCCCAUUCCCUGACUAUGACACUCACUCUGCAACAGGAAAGAUCAUUUUGCAGUGCAAUAAGGGAUCACCUAGUGCAUUCUACAUAAUGGUUGGUUACAUUGCCUUGUUGGCUUUUGUGAGUUUCUUUGUUGCUUAUCUUGCCCGUAAAUUACCAGACAUAUUUAAUGAAGCACAAUACAUAACCUUCAGCAUGUUGCUGUUCUGCAGUGUAUGGAUCUCCUUCAUCCUGGCCUAUGUGAGCACCACAGGCAAAUAUUUAGCAGCGGUGGAGAUAUUUGCCAUCCUUGUUUCCAGUGCAGGACUUCUUGGCCUUAUAUUUAUCCCUAAGUGCUACUUUAUCUUGAUUAAACAACCAGUUAACACUAGACAUAAUUAA